UCGGGCCGCCCGCUGCCCGCCAAGCGCCCGCCGGGCGCGUCCGAAGCCGGGCGGCAGAAGGCUCCGUCGAGCAAGAAGACGAAGGCGAUCCGCAAGCUGACCUUCGAGGACGAAGUGACCACCUCUCCCGUGCUGGGGCUGCGCAUCAAGGAGGGUCCGGUGGAGGCGCCGGCCAAGGCACGGGGCGGCUGCGCCCGUCCGCUGGGCGAGUUCAUCUGCCAGCUCUGCAAGGAGGAGUACGGGGACCCCUUCGCGCUGGCGCAGCAUCGCUGCUCCCGUAUCGUCCGGGUGGAGUACCGCUGCCCCGAGUGCGACAAGGUCUUCUCCUGCCCCGCCAACCUCGCCUCCCACCGGCGCUGGCACAAACCGCGUCCACCCGCUACCAAGAGCGGCCCCGAGGCGGGCCGGGCACCGGCCGCGGGCCCGGGCUCGGCCCCGGCGGAGGAGACGCCGAAGGAGGCGAGCGGCGGCAGCGGCAGCGAGCGGGACACACCGAGCCCUGGCGGAGCCUCGGAGGCCGGCUCCGAGGAGGGGCUCUUCGAGUGUCCCCGCUGCGCCAAGCGGUUCCGCCGGCAAGCCUACCUGCGCAAGCACCUGCUGGGGCACGCCGCACCGGCACCCGCACCGGCCCCGGCAUCCGCACCGGCCCCGGAACCCAGCGCCGAGGAGCUGCCUGCCGCCGAGUGCCGCCUCUGCCCCGUCUGUGGGGAGACCUUCCCCAGCAAGAGCAGCCAGGAGCGGCACCUGCGCCUCCUGCACGCCGCCCAGGUCUUCCCCUGCAAGUACUGCCCGGCCACCUUCUACAGCUCUCCCGGCCUCACCCGGCACAUCAACAAGUGCCACCCCUCGGAGAACCGGCAGGUCAUCCUGCUCCAGGUGCCGCUGCGCCCCGCCUGCUGAGCCGCCCGUGCCUUCCCCGCCGCCCCGCGCCGCUCCCCCGGGGCAGCCACACGAUUAGCUUUAAUACGGCUUGUGACCUGCUGGAAUCUGGCUUUACACUUACCUUCCCGGGGUCUCUCUCUUCUUUUUCUUUUUUGGUUUUUUUGUUUCGGUUUGGUUUUUUUUGUUUUGUUUUUUUUUUUUUUAAAUUUUGUUUCUUCGCUCUGGUUUUUAUCGAUGUGAACAGAUCAAACUGCUCGAGAGAAACGAGCGUUUCCUUUAGUGUAGCCACAAAUGCCUUGACUCUGCUGUUGAUGGUCUCCAGAAAAUGCUGUAGAAACUGCCUUAACUGUGACAUGCCAACUUUCUGUUCGUUUUGCCCUAAGGUAGCUCAUGCGUUGUCUAUCUGUAUAUGUUGGUUUGAGUAAUUAUGUUAUUUAUUCGUUAUUUAUUUAUAUUAAUUAUGAAGAUUGAUAUUAUUUGAUUGCAGAUAUUCUAAAGUGCUUUUUUUGUCUCCCCACCUGCCAUUUCACUGUGCGUUUUAGAAGAUCUUUUUUUCUUAAGAGAUCUGCUAAAAAGGUUUUAACUUUUAUACCUAGAAUAACACAUGAUCUUAACCAUUUUAUCCUGUGCAACCAACAGCUCUUACUUUUAGAUGCAAUCUCUUUUUCUACACACAUUAUUUUCUUAACUGUUAGCUAUUUAUAGAGUGCUUCAAUAGAACUGUUUCAACUGUAUAAUUAUUUACUAUUCAAAUAAAAUAUUUUCAAAUUCAA